AUGGGCUUUCUCGACCCUUUCACCGAUGGCCUCUCCAUCGGCCCCGGCGGCAUGUCCCGCCCGUCCAAACACCGUCGGGAUGCCUCUCGGUCGCGCAGGAAGCACCGUUCCCGCUCGCGAUCAAGCUCUCGCACCCGCGGCGGCGGCGGCGGCGGCGCCAACUCAAUCGCCGGCGCUCUGUUGGGCGGCCUAACCGGCGACAGCCACUACAACAAGCACAAUUCGUCGCGGGGUUCCUUCUUCGGCGUCGGCAACAACAACAGCCGCUCGAGCUUCUUCAACUUUGGUGGUGGUGGUGGUGAGUCGUUGGCCGCACACUGGCCCCAUGGUGGUCCUGUUUCGCUAACACGCAAUGCGGCAGGGAGUCGCUCCUCGUACUACAAACGGUCCCCUCGGCAAGGCUUCAUGCAGCGAGCGUACAAGCGGCUCAAACGCCUUAUCCGCGAUCUCAUCCACUAUGCCAAGCGCCACCCGUGGAAGGUCUUUUUCCUGGUGGUCAUGCCCCUCGUCACCACGGGGGCAUUGGCCGGCCUGCUUGCCCGCUUUGGCUUGCGCAUCCCGCCGUCUCUGGAGCGCAUGAUGGGCAUGGCCUCCCGCGCCGCCUCGGGCGACUCCUUUGGGCUCGUCAGCGACGCCGUCCGCAUGGCCGGCGACUUUGGCGGCAACACCCGCGGCGCCAGCAUCUCCCGUGGCCGUGACGGCGGCAUGCAGUGGGAGCGACGAUCUAGCUACGGCAGCUAUGGCGGAUAUGAUGGCUACGGCUAUGGCAAUUCCACGGGCCGUGGCGGCUACGGCGGAAGCGGCGACAGUUGGAGCAAUACCAUUGCGGACGUGGCCAGGCGAUUCUUUUGA